AUGGAGAAAUGUCUUCAUCGUGGAAGCUUAAUAGAUAUUGUAUUCUCUUGGACUCUAGAGGAUAUUCUCAAUGAAAAUCUUUUCAAAUACCAGGUACCAAAGAUUCCAAAGACGUUCAUCUCAACAAAUGACUACGUGAAUUCAUUCUUUCCUGCAUUGAUUGAGGAAACACAUAGUUAUCUGUCUUCAAGCUUGUGGAAUGUUCCUCAAGCUUUUUGCGAAAUCAGGACAAUGGAAAUAUCCAAAGACUUCAACUAUCCCCACGCCUUGUUCUAUCAAACUACAUUGAAGAACACUACCGAAGAAGUGUACGGUGUAGGAAAAUAUGAACCUGAGGUUGGUGACCUCGUUGCAUUCACAAAUGUUCGACCUAGAAGCGUGUCUGAUUUGAGCAGGAUCGAAAGAUAUUGUCACAUAGGUUAUAUUUGUGGAUCAAAAGAUGAACUUAAUGAUCAGAUUACUAUGCUGUUGUCCAAGGAGAUGCAUAACAACAUUGAUUUGAGGAGUAACAAAGCCCAGAAACUCUACGUUGUUUAUCUCAUUAACAUGACAACAAAUAUUCGUAUUUGGAAUGCUUUGAACUCAGAUAUGGAAGAAUCCAACAUGAAUAUAAUUAAAAAAGUGUUGCAGCCAUAUUCAAGGAUGGAACAAAACUGUCAUACUUGCUGGUCAGGAGAAUAUCUCCCUCAAUCCUAUUCUCGAGUAAAAAACAUGAUCAAAGCUCAGAAUCUAAACAAAUCUCAAGAAGAUUCUAUUCUAAGUUGUUUUCAUAUAAAAAAAUGUCAUCACAAUGAUCCUAUUAAACUCAUAUGGGGUCCACCAGGAACAGGCAAAACAAAAACAGUUGCUUCCAUGCUAUUCUGUCUCCUCAAGUUAAGAAUCAGAACACUAACAUGUGCUCCAACAAACACUGCAGUGUUGGCAGUGGUGUCGCGCCUUCACAGCAUAGCUAAGGAUUCACUUGAGCAUGGUUCAUAUGGUCUCGGUGACAUAGUUUUAUUUGGAAAUAGUAAAAGAAUGAAAAUAGAUUCUUAUAAGGAUCUUGGUGAAGUGUUUUUGGAGAAUAGAGUUGAUGAUUUGUUGCACGCUUUUUCUCCAAUGACUGGAUGGAUAAAUAGUUUGGAAUCAAUGAUCAAGUUACUAAAGGAUCCUGAAGAGCAAUAUGAUUUGUAUAAAAAUGAUGUGAAUGAAGGCGUUGUUAUGUCAUUAGAAGAAUUUGCCAAUGGAAAUUAUAAUCAUGUGAAAAAUGCAUAUUUUUCAUACACGAAACACUGUGAGCAUGAUUGUCCCAUGACAUUGGAGGAGUUUGUGAAGAAGAAAUAUGAUUAUAUUAUAGAGCAGUACGAUAUGUAUAAAGAUGAUAAAAAGUUAAGCAUUGGUAUGAGUAUGGAACAGUUUUUAAGACAAAGAUUCUGUUUCAUUGGAGGGAAAUUGAAGUUGUUCAUGAAAACUUUGUGUACUCACUUACCAACAUGUUUCCUUCCAAUUAAGGUUGCGAAGAAAGUUUUUAGAGUUCUUGAGUUGCUGAAAUCUCUUGAAAAAGAAGCUUUACAUGAAAAAGAAGAAUUACUUCACACUCUUUGUUUUCUUUCUGAGACUAUUAAGCUUCCUAAAGUUACAUCCAAAUAUGGAAUAUCACAAUUUUGCUUGAAGAAUGCAUGCCUUCUUUUAUGCACUGCUUCAAGUUGUGUAAAAUUGUUCUCAGAAGGAAUGGCACAAGUGGAAUUUUUAGUGAUUGAUGAAGCUGCUCAGCUUAAAGAAUGUGAAUCAGCUAUUCCGUUGCAAUUGAAUGGCCUUAAGCGUUGUGUUCUCGUUGGCGAUGAGAUACAACUCCCUGCAAUGGUCAAAAGCGAGAUUGCUGAUAGGGCUGGAUUUGGAAGAAGCUUGUUUGAGAGGCUUGCUACGUUGGGAUACAAGAAACAUAUGCUUAAUGUUCAAUACAGAAUGCAUCCAUCCAUUAGCAUAUUCCCGAGUAGAGAGUUCUAUAAUAAGAAACUUUCUGAUUCUCAGAUUGUAAGAGAAAUAAGCUAUAACAAGCGUUUCCUUGGAGGAAAAAUGUAUGGUUCCUACUCUUUCAUUAACAUAUCUAAGGGUAAAGAGCAGUGUAAUCAUGAUCAUAGUUUGAAGAAUGUGAUUGAAGCUGCAGCUAUCUCGGAGAUUAUUGGAAGAAUUCAAAAGGAGUUUGUAAGGACAAGGAAUAAAGUUAGCAUAGGGAUCAUAUCUCCAUACAAGGCGCAAGUUCAUGAAAUCCAAGAGAGAGUGAAGCAGUACAUGGUUUCGGCUCCUAACUUCUCGAUUAAUGUCCGUUCUGUUGAUGGUUUUCAAGGCGGCGAAGAAGACCUCAUAAUAAUAUCUACUGUUAGAUCAAAUUUUGGUGGAAAAGUUGGUUUUCUUUCCAAUAGACAAAGAACUAAUGUUGCAAUCACUAGGGCUAGAUAUUGCCUUUGGAUAGUUGGAAAUGCAACAACUUUGAUUAAUAGUAACUCUGUGUGGAGAAAAGUUGUUAUGGAUGCUAAGCAGAGAAACUGUUUUCAUAAUGCUGAUGAGGACAAGAAAUUGGAUCAAGUUAUUGAGGAUGCAUGCUUUGAGUUUGAACUACUAGAUGAAUCUGAAUCAGCAUUUAAUAAACUAAGCAUAAGGGACAAGUCAGAAACUACCAACUUCUCUAGGUAA